UAGUGGAUUGUCAUUUGUGCGUCCAAAAUGCCAGAUGACAGUCCUAAGGCAGCGGACUCACCUGAGCCUUCCAAUGUUCCUGAGGCUGCUGGAGCAUCAAUAACGCAAAUAAGAUUACGUCCAUUGUCCGAUCGCAUUUUAUCUCGUGUAGCUACUCUAUCCAAGGUAGACGGCCUCAGUGAGGAAAUAUUAAAUAACCUGAAUUCAUGGUACCAGAAUGAAUGGCGUUGCGUGCACGCGGCACGUUUUUCCAUGUGCCCAUCUAUCGGUGAAAGCCUUCAUCGUUACUUUAUGACCCGUCAGUCCCCGCACAUAACCUCUGAACAUGUGGAAUCAUAUUUAAGUACAUCUUCAAUAUUAUACUACGGUCUACGCGGCGACUCAACGCCCGCCCACGACGUGUCGAAGAACAGGUAUUUCCAGCGAUAUUACUACACAGCGCGUGAGAAUGCUAUCGCGCUCAAUUCUUUUGUGGUUAUGAGCAAUUUUAUAUGGGCAUGCCACUAUUAUAUGCGUGAUGAAUUUGCCAACACAUGUCUUCUCGAUAUCUUACUUCAAGCGUUCCCAGCAGCAUUGGAUAACUUCAUCCGUUUACGCGGCGUCGUUUAUCUGAGAUCAACAUUGGAUUACCUGGCAUUGAAUGGGAAAAUAAGAUCCAGUACCAACUACCUGCUAAAGGCACUGGCCCUUCUCAAUAAGUUGGACAUCUCAUUCCCAGUGUUGCAGUCAUCUCGAAUCGGCAUUCCCAUAAACGGUAUCGCAACAGGUGGCAAGAAUGCAAAGCUUGGUCUAGACUAUGAAUGUGAGAGCGACCAGGUGAAACUUAAGGCUACUGACUUAAUAAAGAAGUGGAAGGCAAUCAGAGAUGCUUCACAACCAGCGCGGGUAGACGCUGAUCCUCGACGGCAGCUGAGGAAGCAACCUUCAUCCGAACAGUCAGCUCAACCUCACUCGGAUGAUAAAUCACCAGUGCCUGCUGCACGACGCGCUGCGCAACCACCCGGUUCAUUUGUUCUAAACAUACUGGACAGCAUGGUAGAGCAGCGUGAGAAGGAAAAGAAACGUAAAAUUGCCAUGAAGGAAGCGCAACGUAACAGUCUAUUCAAGGUAUCCCGUGCCCAGGAGGGAGAAGAUGGUAACGCCCCCAGUCGUGUAGCGGCUGAAACCCCGGUACAGGCUGUCCCCCUGAAAGUAGCUACUGACAGCAAGCCUGCGGCCGAGGGUGACCAGGCUGGUGAGAGUCGUAAGGAACUUCAAUCGUUGAUGAACUUUUUUAAGAGCUUUAAACCGCAAGUCAACGCUGCUGAGGCAGGUUCAACCAUGCCUCCACGUAGUACACAGCCACCAAUUCGCAUAAGUGGUGACAAAACUGGGUUAACUAUUUCAAGCAAUAACUUUACGCAUACGAAUGUGGUUCCCGCCCCCUCUAUGACUACUAAUACCGCCACCCCUAGCUUGGUUGGACAGACUUCGGAGCCCGAGGUCCCUAAGUCUCGUAAUGGUGUUUCCGGUAGCGGUGAUAACAUCCCCCCCUGGAAGUAGAAAACAUGUUUCUACGUUAAAAAAACGCCAUUGAGCGAUAUAUCGUCAUUAUUAGUUAAUAACGAUAAACGCUA